AAAACCUCUCCCCCGGCCAUUUGGGCGUUGCACGCGUUUCGCCCCCAGGGUUUGGGCCGCUGCGCCUUCACGCGCAGCCGUUUUGUUUAUGCGGCCGGCAGGGGAGAGAAGGGCGGAGAGGGAUUGAGUGUGUAAAGAUGUGGCGGGCCGCUGGGGUAUAUAAGGCUCGGGCUCCGGUUUGCUGGGUCCCCGGGCCCAGCCUGCGGAUGGAGACCGCCGAGCGCACAGAGAGCCCCGCAGUCCAGUGCGUUCGCGGCCGUAGCCGCCUGCUGCCCGCCUCUCCCGAAGGCCGGAUGCUGAGCAGGAGAGCGGACUCCGGGUACCGCACCUCGGCCCCGCCCUGCGCCUCCCCCGCUCCGUCCCUACCGCCCGCGCCUCCCCAGCUCCUCCUCCCGGCACUCCGCUCCCGACAUCCUCCUAGCCCCAGCUCAGCUGCUGUCUGUUCUAAGGGUUCUGCUUUCACGUCUCCUCUGCGCACCUUGUGCUCCCCACCUCGCAGAUCCGCAGGCUUCUGGAGGCCAUGGGUUGAAGACCAAGGCGAAAAGGAGGAGGAGGCGCCGCACCACACCUCGGAGGCGAUGCCCGAUGGCCCCGGAAUAAGGGACGCCUCAGGAAAGCUUUCCCGGUACAGACACCCAGUCAGACUAUUUUGGCCAAAAUCAAAGUGUUAUGAUUACUUGUAUCAAGAAGCAGAAGCUCUUCUGAAAAAUUUUCCAAUUCAAGCCACAAUUUCAUUUUAUGAAGAUUCUGAUAGUGAAGAAGAAAUUGAGGAGCUGAUCUGUGAAAAUUAAUCUGAUUACUUUUGAUGACAUUCAGAGCUUAGAGGUACAAAUUGGAUUAGUGUACAAAUGUAUCAUAAUCCUUUUAAACUAAUUUAUUUGUAUAUAAAUUAUUAAUAAACUGAAGUAUGUAGUAA